UUCACCAAUCUUCUGCCGUCUGCAAGCGCGCGGUUGUUCUAUAAACAAGAUGGCAGAAUGUGAAUAUCCAAACGUCAAAGAACCAAGUGAAAAACCUGUUUGCAUUAUUACGCUAGGAAUGGCUGGCUCUGGUAAAAGUACAUUUGUACAGAGAAUCAACGCUCACCUUCACGCAAGAAAAGAACCACCAUAUGUUGUGAAUCUUGAUCCAGCUGUCUAUGAAGUUUCAUAUCCCACCAAUAUUGAUAUUCGUGAUACAAUAAAAUACAAAGAAGUGAUGAAGCAGUAUGGAAUGGGUCCUAAUGGUGGGAUAAUGACGUCAUUGAAUAUGUUUGCCAUACGAUUUGGACAAGUAAUUGAUUAUAUUGAGAAAAGAUCUUCGGAGUUCAAACAUGUCUUCUUCGAUACUCCUGGUCAAAUCGAGGUUUUUACGUGGUCAGCAUCUGGAGCUAUCAUCACUGAGUCCCUCGCCUCGUCAUUCCCCACUGUGGUUGCCUACGUCAUGGAUACGUCACGAUGUGUAAACCCCGUUACCUUCAUGUCCAACAUGCUUUAUGCUUGUAGCAUCAUGUAUCGCACUAAACUUCCUUUUAUUGUUGUCUUGAAUAAGACAGAUAUCGUUGAUCAUAAAUUUGCUCAAGAAUGGAUGAGUGAUUUCACUGCGUUUCAAGAAGCCCUUUCCCAAGAGACUUCGUACAUUUCCAGUUUAUCCAGUUCACUCAGUCUUGUUUUGGACGAGUUCUACGUAGGAUUACGAAGUGUUGGUGUCUCGUCAAUGACCGGUGCUGGUGUUGAUGAUUUUUUCAAAGCUGUUCGCGAAGCUGUUGUUGAAUACAAAACAGAUUAUAAACUUGAGUAUGAGAGACUAAAAAAAGAAAAAAAAGACUCGAUGGAAAAGUCAAAGAAUGAACAACUUGAAAAAUUGCGCAAUGAUAUAGGGCGUGGUGAUUCGGUUCCCAUGGAAACCUGGAUGUCCACAGAGAAGCAGUUGCCAACGAAGAGGAAUCCUGAAAUCAGCCUUGGCGCGUGUGAUGAGCUGGAUGAAAACAUGGCUGAGGAGGAAGAAACUUCGGACGAUCUUUUAGAUCAAGUGUCAUUUAAACGUUUCCUUAGCAGAGAACAUGAAAAAUCGACCAAAACGUAAUUUACAUUUGAUAAAUGCAAAGAUACCACAUCACAUGGGAAGACAAAGUUUCUCCAAUCCGUGCAACAAGUUAUGGUCUGAUCAUCAACUGAUUUCUUAUUAACGAAUGAUGACGACAAAUAUUUUUUUGGCUUCAAUUUUUGGCUUCGGUUAUCAUUCCAGUAAUUUAAAUGUCGAGUUCACUGCGUCUGCCACAGCCGCUGUUGCGAUCUUGCUUGUGACCGGUUUUUUACCCUUGUUGUAAAAAUUUUGUAAGCUUCAUUUUGGCGCCCGGGGACAUAUGUACACCGGCGCCCCCCUCUAGCUAUGCCUCUGCAAGUUGUAUUGAAAUUUGAAAGUUGAAGAUGACGAGGACAAUUUCAGCCGUGCGAGGCAUUUUUAGAAGAUAAAUACUUAAAUUACAACUUUACAACAAAGUGAGAACAAAGGUAUUCAUGUCCUCAACAUAUUCAUCGAUAGUGAAGUUGUUCACGUAGGAACUGGUUGAAAACUUCGCUUCGCUUAAUGACAACAGAGGUACUUUAAUUCGCAUAUAUUGAUGAUGUACAUCUCGUAGAGUUUGAUGAUACCGUUUUCAAUUUACUAUUGUUCAUCAAAAUUAUUUCUAUGCCGAUUUGUUUUGUUUCUUCACUGAUAUAAUAAAGACGUAAUUUGAAAUUAUUAUAUCAGCGAUGUGAAUAACAAAGUGUUGUUAAAUAAGUAAAUUUGUCGCAAUCUACCAUAAACGUCAUUGCAAAUGAAA